AUGACAGGUUCAAAAGAGGACGUGUCCAGCGGCAUUUUAUUUGCCAAAAUUAACGGCAGAUUUAUUGCUCAUUCACAUACAUUAUUCGCAUAUGUUGCGUUCAUUUCCGCGCUCAUCGUUGGAUGCUGGACUCACUAUUAUCGAAUCGUAAAAAACGAGUAUUGGGGAUAUCCUGAGGAAUGGUUUCCCAGUGUUAGUGCUACUAUCGGGGAUUAUUAUCCUGCGCGUUCCAUUUUUCAAAUUUUUAUUGCCAUUACAUCGGGACCUCGAUUCAUGAUGAUAUUCUUUUUCUAUCUCCUCACCGACAAACCAAAUCAUUUAUAUCCUAAGUUGCACGCCAUUAUCGGAGUAAUACGUACAGUUUCGUGUGGCAGUUGGGUCUAUAUUACCUCGUCAGAUGAUCAUUUUGUUCACGACAUAGCCAUGAUAGUAUACUUGGUCACUACCUUACCUUGGAUGCUCGGAUCACUGAAAAUGGGGUCAAAAAAUAAAAAUGCAAUCCAGGGGAGAAAGUCCAUAUUUUUCAUGUUUUUUGGUACCCUUGUACCGAUGAUAUAUUAUUUUAUUCAACACAAAUUAAAUCAUGUAGCUGGAGCUUACACUAUUUAUGCGUUUUUCGAAUGGUCCUUAAUCCUUUAUGAUAUUGCUUUUGAUGCUUUUAACUUUUAUGAUUUGAGUUCCUUAGAAUUACAUAUUAUUGACACAAGGCAUAAAUCUAGGUACGGCGACAAGGGUUCGACCUCCAAAAUUCCUAGCACAAAAAAUACAACUUAUCAUCAAUAUUUAAAAGAUCUUUUUAGAAAUUCAGAUAUCAUUCGUUGGAAUAACAUAAUGGAAUAUAUAGUAGAUACUUAUCUGGCAUUUGUUUAUUGGUCAAUGUUGACAUCUCUUGCCUUGACAAUUUGGUAUUUUCCACUCUGGUAUAUGGGAAUUUCUGGAUAUGAAGCCUUCUUACUUGUAACCUCUUCGCCAGUGUUACUUGGUAUUGAAUCAGUGCGCAAAAUAGUUGGAUCCUAUACUGGACUCUUUCAUCUAUUGUCACUCGUGGGACUAUCAUCAUACAUGUUUAUUGAUCCGGUCACUCGUCUCAUGUUGGUUUCUAUAGGGAUGGCACUUGCUAAUUUGACUUGGACCUCUACAUGGAUCGAGAAUCGCAACAAUAAAGUUCAACUGGAACGUAAUUCUCUUAUUUGGGGAUUAGGGCUAAUAAUGAGUAAUGUUGUUAAAAUGGCUUGGUGGACAAAUAAUCCUAUAUGGCCAAUAAUGCAUAAAGAAAAUGGUGGCCAAAAUGGUUUUGGAUUAACGAUGGGAAUUAUAGCGUCACUUUUAGUAAUGUUCCGUCAAGAGAAGGAUCAAUUCAAUUCAAUUGAAAAAAUAAGGAAAGUUCCAGGAUCAUGGUUUUCCGCAGCCGCCGGGUUAGGGUCUCUUGUGUUUGCCCUUCAUUCCUUGCUCUCUGAUACUACUAUACUCACUCGCUGGGUAUAUGAUGGGUAUCCAAACACCGGGCCUCUUCCCAUACCAUGGGGGGCUCUGACCAUUAUAGUAAUGUCAAUGGGAUUGAUUCUUUCACCAAAUCGUAAAAUUGUCGUUGGCUUUCCUUGGUAUGUUAUUGGGUGCGUUUCAUGCGCGUGUCUAUAUUUUUAUCCUACAUGGAAAGGGUACUAUGGAGGAUUACUGCUUAGUAUUUAUCUUAUGUCUCUUAUACCAACAUUUAUUCGGGGAGUUUCUCAAUAUCCUCCAGGAAAAACCCUCUUUACUGCAAUGAUGAUAUACAAUAUACUUUGUUUGGCUCACGUAUGGAUUGUUGCGUACGCCUUCGUUCCCGCUGGAGAAUACAUGAGAGAACAUACAGAUUAUGUAUUACUGGCGAUGAUGUUUUUAAUUGGACUUGGUGUUCGGGACGCAUCUGCAAAUGACUCAGUAAAAAAUGUGCAAUUAAAUAAUUUACAUAUUCAUCGAUCCUUAACUAGAGGAGGAUUGGGGAUAAUGAUUUUAGUAGCGUUCCUUGUCGCAUUUUCGCGUAUUUCGUAUGAUCCCCCUGUACCAUAUCAUCCUGAACAAAAAUUAAUUACGGCAGGUAUAUGGACAAUACAUUUCGGAUUGGAUAACGAUAUGUGGGCUAGCGAAAUUAGAAUGAGAGAUCUAAUAAAAGACAUGGAGUUAGACGUUAUUGGUCUUUUGGAAACCGACACCGGACGUAUAAUAAUGGGUAACCGAGAUCUUACACAAUUCUUAGCAGAGGAUCUUGAUAUGUAUGCAGAUUAUGGCCCUGGUCCAUCAAAGCACACAUGGGGAUGUGCGAUGCUUUCGAAAUUCCCAAUUAUCAAAUCUACGCACCAUCUUCUACCAUCACCUAAAGGGGAACUUGCAUGCGCCAUUCAUGCUACACUUGACGUUUAUGGAAAGGAGGUCGACUUUAUUGUUAGUCACAAUGGUCAGGAAGAAGAUCCUGAAGAUCGAAGAUUGCAAACCACUGAACUUGCACGAAUAAUGCGAGAAAGCGAAAACCCAUUUAUAUUUUUGGGUUAUGUGGUGACUAAGCCACUAGAAGGGAAUUACUAUAUAUUAAUGAAUGAUGGUAAUGUCAAUGAUAUAGACGAUACAGAUUAUGAUCGGUGGUGUGAAUAUAUUGCAUAUCGUGGGGUUAGAAAGGUUGGGUAUGCACGUGUUAGUCAUGGUCGUAUAACUGAUACUGAAUUACAGGUAGGAAAAUUUCAAGUUAUAGAUGGAUAUAAUCGUUCGAAUUGGAGAUCUACUGAAAACCGCAUUCAGGAGAAUGAAGUAAGUCCAGAAUUACAAUUUUCACCAAAAUUCAAGGGUGAGGGCGUCCGUGGUCAUAAAUAUCAUGUAUUUGAUGAACCUCGAUACUUUAAUUAA